AUCAACAAUUUAAUAAGGAGCCAAAUAUAAUGCAAAAAAGUGUCUUUUGCAGAAUCCAAGUUAACUAAAUGAGCAAAUUGGGAAGGAUCACAUCAUCUAUAUUUAUAGCACUAUAACCAGCUAGCCAAUUAUCCAUUCAUCAUUUGUUCCCUCCAUCAUCAAGAUAAAGAGAACAAAAACAUCUUUUAUUUCCAAAUAAUUUUGACCAAAACAAAGGUUAAGGCUUAAUGGCACCUAAUGAAGACUCAGCAACAAAAUUAACAGCACUUGUUGUGGAUGAUGAUAGACAAGUAAGGAUGAUUCAUCAGUGGAUGCUGAACAAAGUUGGAGUGAAGAAUCAGGCAGCGGAGAAUGGAAAAGAAGCCGUACAAAUUCAUUGCUCUGGUCAAGGAUUUGACCUCAUUCUCAUGGACAAGGAAAUGCCUUUGAUGAAUGGCAUUGAGGCAACAAAGGAACUUCGUUCAAUGGGCAUUUGUAGCAAAAUUGUUGGGGUGUCAUCUCACUCAGAGGAAAAGCAAAUACAAGAAUUUAUGGAAGCAGGGCUUGAUGAUUAUCUAGUCAAACCUUUGAACAUGGCUAAGCUGCGUUCAAUUCUUGAUAAUAUCAUGUGAUACCAAAACUAGUAAUUGAUGCAAGAGACCACUCCCUACCUUUUGAGUUUUUUGUGGGUUGAAUAGAAAAUGACCAAUGCAAUUGUGAGUCUAGUUAUUACUUAUAGAACUACAAUAAUGAUGGUUUUCUCUGUAGACAAAAAUAGAGAGCAAGCGUUGGUAAAAAAUCCGUUUUACUGUGGUAAUUGAAACA